AUGAGAAAAUGUAUGAUAUUCAUAAAAUUAUUGUUUUAUAUCGCCUUGUUACAUAAAUGGAACGGUGUAGAAUCACAACCAACUUCUUCAGGUAGAAGUAAUUCUUCUGGUUCCCAAGGUUCUCGUGCCCAGUCCACUACACCUAAAUCUCAAAAUCAGACUCAAUCUAGUCAAUCUCAAUCACAAUCAACUGCAUCUGCAACUUCACGACGCAGAACUGGUACUACUGGAGCUCAAGGAUCCCAACCAACAAAACCUCCAUCUCAACCAGCUUCAUCAAAUGGAAGUGGAUCUCAUGCUAGUCCUAGAGCCUCUACAGGCCAAUCCUCUACACCUAAAUCCCAACCUACAACUCCAACAAGUCAAUCCCAACCAAAAUCAACUGCAUCUAGAACAUCUAGUACUGGUGUAGGUCAAGCCAGGGGAACUCCUUCGUCAGCAACUUCACAACCCAGUAGGGGUGUUGGUGUAGGUCGAGGGAGUCAACCUAAGGCAACUGCUGCUACAAUUGGUACUUCAACACCUACAACACCUCCAACUCCAACUACAUCUGCUGCUCAAACUAAGGCAACUCCUACAACAGGUGCUAGACCUGCUACUCAGCCUAAGGUAACUCCAGCAUCUGCAUCAUCAACCCAACCUAAGUCUCAAGCAAAUGUAACUCCAGUAAGUGGAUCUGCUGCUCCAUCCGUGUCAACUUCUGCCACACCUACCAAACCUGUGUCCCAAUCUACUCCUACUACAUCCGUUACCAAGGUUACCCUAAACAUAGAUACCACUAAGGAAUCCACUAGUGAGUUAGACUACUCCAAGAUUGGUGAUAUUCAUAAUUAUACUCCUAAGCAAAACCAUUUGUUUUCUAAGGUUACUCAUGGAUCAGUUGUUGUUUGGGAAUCAAAAACUGAAGUGCAUGGUACCCGAGUCACAUAUGUGUGUAUUAUCAAAUAUCUCGUUGUCCUCCUCAGUAAUGAUAUGUUCCUACUGUUCCAUCAGUCAUCUGGUACCUGGACCGAUGUAACAAAAGAGAGGUAUGAUGUUGAUAAGCUCAAAUUCUUUGGUGAGAAUGAUGCUGCUCUAAAUAAAUCUAGCUACUCAACUACCCUAAUUAGUUAUUCAUACAGUCUUGAGUUCAAUGCUGGAGUCAAGUGUCAGAAGGUGAAAUACGGUAAUGAAGAUGUUUGGAAACAUAGUGACGACACUGACUUUGGGUCAAUAAAAUCUCUGUUUAUUGAUCUUAUAUCAAAUCAGCUCAGUGUGAAGAAUGAAUCCGGUCAACUGAAGAAACUAGAAUAUAAACCUAAGGAAUCAAACGGUACCACAUCUGAGACAGCUGAUGCCACCAAGGAACCAACCACUCCUACUACAGUAACUACUAAAUCUGAUCCAACCACUACUGCAACAGCUACUGAAACAUCUUCUAGUACUUUAACUACUGAAUCUGAUACCGCUACUACACAAACUACUCCUGUAACCACUCCAACUUCUUCAGGUAGUUCUGUCACUCAGUCCAAACGUCUUGAAUCCUCCAGUACUUCGGGCAAUAUUCAUACAUUCACAUCCGGUGUUAGCCACUCUGCUGUUGAUGCAUCCCAAGGCGCUUCUGUUUUGGAUUCAGGUAGUUCCUCUAGUACCCUGGUAUUGACUGAGUAUAAGAAAUUGCCAUCAAUCCGAUUAACUACCUCUACUGAUACUGAUACAUCAUCGAAAUCCCAAACCGCUACUCCCGUAACCACUACUACCACCAACGUUGCUCUCGAUAUCGAUAAGAAACAGUCCACUGACCAGUUUGAAUAUUCUGAUAUUAAUAACUAUCGUAUAUAUGUUGCUAAGACCAAUUUUGUCUUUAACAAAAUUGUUCAGGGAACAACCGUUAUUUGGGAAUCCAAAGAUUAUUGUGCUACCAGUGUCACUACUAAGACCAUAGAUAAUAAGGUUUUUCUAGCAAUAGUACUCAGUAACGGUAUGUUUACACUCGUCGAGAAGUCGAGUGGUAAGUGGACUGAUAUCACUUUUGAUAGGCACAAUGUUACUUCACUUAAGUUUUAUGGUGACCGUGAUACUGAGAUAAAGUCCUCUAAGUACUCAGUAACUAUGUCCGGUUUAUCUUAUAAUCUUGAUUUCAACACCAAUGUCGAUUGUAAGAAAAUCAAGUAUAAUAAUGUGACCCUCUGGAGCCAUACUGACGACAGUGAGUUUGGAACAAUUAAGUCACUGUCACUAGACCUUGCUAAAAACGUCUUCUUUGUGAAGAAUUCGGCUGAUAUUGUAAAGAAACUAGAACUCAAAUACAUUUCCCUUGAUAUCGAUAAGAAACAGUCAACUGAUGAGUCGGAUUAUUCCAAAAGUGAUUGUCAUACAUAUAUGACUAAGUCUAAUUUUGUCUUCAACAGGAUUGUUCAGGGUACAGAUUUCGUUUGGAAAUCACAGGUGUUGUUUGGUACCAAGGUGACUGCUGCUGGUGACUUUUUGACCAUUCUACUGAAUAAUGGUACUUUCAAACUGUUUCAGAAGUCUGUUGGUGAGUGGAUUGAUAUCACCCCUAACAAACAUGAUAUUGGCAAACUCAAGUUCUAUGGUGAAGGUGAUCGUCUUCUCAAGUCCUAUGAUUACUCAGUUACUCUCUCUUGUCUUGCCUUUAGUUAUGAGUUCAACGUUGGCUCCGAGUGUCACAAGGUCAAGUACGGAGAUGAUGUCCUGUGGAAUCACUCUGACGACAGCCAGUUUGGAACCAUUAAGACAUUUUCACUAGAUCUUCCUAAAAACCAAUUCACCAUCAAGAAUAAUUCUGGCACUGUCAAGAAUGUAGAAUUUAAAUACGUCAUCCUCGAUCUCAACACCAUGGAAUCCACAGAUCAUUUUGACCGUACUGGUGAUGAUGGAAUUUUCAAAUUUGUUGUAAAGUCUGGCUAUGUGUUCAGUAAAGUUGUUCAGGGUACAAGCGUUGUUUGGGAGCCCCGGGAUAGCGCUUACUGUACUGAGGUAACCUAUAUUGUUGCUGGAGACUUCAAGUAUUUGUCAGCUGUACUUGAUAACGGCAGUUGUUUACUUCUUUACAAGACUUCUAAGGAUAAACCUUUUAAAGACAUAACCUCUACUAGCUAUAAUGUUACUAGACUCAAAUUUCUCACCGAUGAUAAUAGUGAACUCAGUACUAGUGACUACAAGGUUACUGUUGCCGAACACUGCUAUAAUCUUGAGUUCAAUUCUGAUGUCAAAUGCAGUAAGAUCACUCACAAUGGUGCAGAUCUUUGGAAACACUCUGAUGACACUCAGUUUGGAACAAUCAAAUCACUCCAUCUUAAUCUCAUAAAUAACCAACUCGGCUUAAAGAAUCAGUCUAAUACUCUAAAGGAACUUCAGGUCCCGUUGCCUCCAACUCCUGAUGUUACAGAUACCACUGGUACCAAAAUCACAAUUGAUCUCAAUGAGACCAAGGAGGUAGAAGGCAUGUUUACAUAUAGCCAUGAUGGUAAGUGUCAUACCUACGCUACUGCUGGGUUUGGCAACACAUUUGGCAAGGUUAUGAAGGGCACCAGAGUUGUCUGGGAACCCGUUGGUAAUGUUCAAGCAAAAAAAAUUAUAUAUGUUGAUGACCAUGUGAAAAACGUGGUCGUAGUACUCACUGAUGGUAAAUUUCUACUUCUAAAGCAGUCUGAUAACAACUGGGAUGAUGUUACCAAAUAUACACUUGACGUCAGUAAACUGGUGUUUCUUGGUGACAAUCACGGAGCCACCUCUCUAGGCGUUAGUGCUAGCGUCACAGUAGUUGACACGGCAAUGACAUUAACACCUGAUGAUCAAAGUAAACUUAUUUCUGGAUCUGCAUCCUCAUCCCCUGUGACAUCACCUGUUAGUCAACCCAAGUCAGCUACUGUAACAACUACUCCGGCUACAACACCUCAGACUCAAGGUCCGGCACCAGCUAAAGAUCCAGAAGCUAAAUCUACAACUACAACUGCACCUCAAGUAAGUGGACCUGCCGUUACUCCAUCAACUGCAACACCUUCACCAGCUAAAGUUACAUCUCCUCCUGCAGCUACACUAAGUGGAACUGAAGUUACUCCACCCAAGGUGGCCGUUUCUGGCACACCAGUUACUCUUGAUAUUGAUAAUACUCAAUCCGCUUCCGAGUAUGAUUACAAAGAUGAGGGUGGUGUAGUAACUUAUACUCCCAAAGAAAACCAUGUGUUCAGUAAGGUUACCGAGGGGCCCAUUGUUCUUUGGAAGUCAGAUGAUGUAUCUGGAACCAUGGUUAGGAUCUGUAGCAAAUUAUUAGUCAUACUCUUCAAUAACAAUGAAUUCAAACUGUUCGAACAGUCUGAAGGUAACUGGAUUGAUAUAACCGAUAAGAGGCACAACCUUACCAAACUGAAGUUCUUUAAUGACAGUAAUGCUCAGAUUAAGCCCACUGAAUACACUGUUACAAUUGUUGAAUUAUCCUAUAGAAUUCAGUUUAGCCAGGGUACUAUCUGUAGGAAGAUCACUCUUGGCAAUGAUAUUAUUUAUAAUUAUCAAGACGACACCGAUUUUGGGUCAAUUGGGUCACUUGACCUUGAUCUUGUUUCAAACGGUUUCUUCGUUAAGAAUGAGUCUGGUGAUCUUAAAUCCGUCACAAAACCAGUAAUACUUGAUCUAGAAACCACUAAAUCCACUCCAGAGUUCGACAUUAGUUAUAUCGAGGGUAGCGAUCACAUAUAUAUACCCAAAGAAAACCGUGUGUUCAACAAGGUUGUGAGGGGACCAACUCUUAUUUGGGAGUCCAAAGAUAAUGUUUGUGCUACCAUUGUCACUAUUUCCAGUAAAUUCCUUUCAAUUUUAUUUGACAACAACACGUUCAAGUUGUUCCAAGAGUCUGAAAAACAAUGGACUGAUAUCACUUCCGAUAGGCACAAUGUUGCAUCACUUAAGUUUUAUGGUGAUAAUAAUGUUGAGAUUAAACUGUCUGAUUACAUAGUAUCCAUGUCUGGUUUAUCCUAUAAUUUUGAGUUCAAAACUGGUGUAAAAUGUAAAAAAAUCACCCUUGACAAUGUGACUCUCUGGAGCCAUACUGACGACACCCAGUUUGGAACAAUUAAGUCAUUCUCACUAGGCCUUGUUUUAAACGGUUUCUUUAUCAAGAAUGAGUCUGGCACUGUCAAGCCCGCUGAACCCACCAAGGUGACUCUUGAUAUUGAGAAAACUCAGUCUACUGAUCAGUUAGAAUACAAGGAUCAGAAUGGAGUUGUCACUUAUACUGGGAAGGAUUGCCAUGUGUUCAGUAAAAUCAUGCAGGGAUCAACUGUUGUUUGGGAGUCAGAAGAAAACCUAUUUGCAACAAAGGUGAUCAAGGAUGGUAAUAAAAACUCUCUAUCCAUCAAUCUCAGUAACGGCACUACCAAGGAGUUCCAGCAGUCAGAUAGUAAGUGGACUGAGUCUCAAACCUCAUCACCAGUGACUACUUCAUCAUCUUCAGCCCAAACCGCUACUACCGAAACCGCUACUACCGGAACCACUACUACCACCAAGACUGUUCUUGACAUCGAUAUCAAGAAGUCAACAGAUCAGUUCCAAUAUUCCAAUAGCGGUGGCUUCACUAAGUUCGUUGCUAGGCCUGGCUAUGGUUUCACCAAGGUUACCAAGGGCAACAGUGUUGUCUUUCAGUCAACGCGUAUUUUGUUUGGUACCAUAGUCACGUAUAUGGAUAGUUGUAAUUACGUAUCUGCCCAAUUCAUUAACGGUAUGUUCAAGGAUUUUCAACUGUCAGGUACUAAGUGGACUGAAUCUAAGCCAAUUCAGAGUAAUAAUACUCCAUUCACUUCAUUUGACUACAAGGUUACAGUCACUAACUACAUAUAUGAAUUUCAAUUCAAUGAGGGAGCAGAAUGUAAGACUGUAAAGUAUGGUAAUGUGCAGGUCUAUAGACACACUGACCAUCCUUUCCAGAGGAGCUUCGGAUCCAUAAAGUCAUUUUCAGUGGAUCUUGUUAAAAACCGUUUUUUCAUCAAGAACCAGUCUUGUUCUAUGAGGGAACUACCAUAUGAACCUCCUCUUGACACCAAAUCUAUUGAUACCACUCAACGUCUAUUACUUACUAGAGGUCAAUCCACCACUGACGUCAUUGAGGCUGUAGAUGUAAGACCAAUCACUUUAGACCUUACAACUGCUACUAACAAUAAGUUCUCCCGCACUGAUAAGGAUGGCUAUGUAACUUAUACUGCUAAUCCAGGCUUUGUGUUUGGCAAGGUAACUCAUGGCGCCAAUAUCGUUUGGGAGUCAGAUAGUAACAUUUUCGGUAACUUAGUUAGGAUCAAGUCUGAAAGUAAUAAUAUGUUCCUAGUUAUACUACUUGAUAACAGUACUUUCAAACUGUUCCAGUUUUCUGAUGGUACUGUCUUUAAGGACAUAACCGCAGAGAAACGUGACGUUACUAAACUCAAGUUCCUUGGUGAGGGUGGUGAGAUCAAUCCCUCAGACUUCAAGGUUUCUCUUGCUGAUUUUGAAUUUAGUUAUGAGUUCCAUGAUAGAGUCAAGUGCCUUAGGAUCACCCUUGGCAAUGAAUGUGUUUAUGAACACAAAGGCGGUUUUGGAGCCAUUAAGUCACUGUCACUUGAUCUUGUUUUAAACAAGUUCAGCACGGUAGAGGUCAAGUCAGUUUCUCUAGAUAUUGACAAGUCUCAGUCUACCAAUGAGUUUGACCACACUGAGAAAAAUGGCGUUUCCACGUUCAGUCCCAAGUCCGGUCAUGUGUUCACUAAGGUAACCCAUUCCAAUACUGCCAUUUGGGAAUCAGAUGGUAAUGUUUGUGCUACCAUUGUUAAUACUAAGACCUCCGACAAUAAGGUUUUCCUAUCCAUCUUUCUCAGUAACAACAUGUUCAAACUGUUCCUUAAAUCUUCUGAUGGUGCCUUUAAGGACAUAACUAAUCAGAGGCAUGAUGUUAAGAAACUUAAGUUCCUUGGUCAGGAUGACUCUCCUCUCAAAUCGACUGAUUACUCAGUUUCUAUGUCUGGUCACACCUUUUUAUGCGAGUUCAAUCGUGGAUUCAAUUGUCUUGGGGUUAAGCUUGGAAAUGAAGAUAUAUGGAAACCUGAUGGCGACCCAAAAUUUUCUACUAUAAAGUCACUGUCUCUGGAUCUCAUCGAUAAUAAAUUCAGCCUUAAAAAUGAGUCUGGUGAUAUUAAACCUGUUGUCAUUCCAGUAAUACUUGAUAUCAGUAAGACCCAGUCAACAAGUGAGUUUGAAUAUUUGAAGGAAUAUGAAUUUCAUAAAUACACUGUUAAAUCCUGUUAUCUGUUCACCAAGGUAACUGAGGGCGCCAAAGUUGUCUGGGAAUCUAAUGAUACUGUGGGUGGAACUUUGGUUACUACCACUGGUGAGUUCCUCGCAAUCCUCCUGAACAACAAUUUGUUUAAACUAUUCCUUAAAUCCAGUGAGUGGGAGGAUAUAACCAAAUCUAGAAUUGACAUUAGUGGCCUUAAAUUUCUCACCGAUGAUUCUGAGAUAGGUACCAGUGACUACAAAGUUACCAUUUCUUGUCACUCAUAUAUUCUUGAGUUCAACCCUGGUGUCGAGUGUCACAAGAUCACUCACAGGGGUAUAGAUCUGUGGAAAUCUGAUGAUGACCAAAAGUUCAAAUCAGUUAAGUCACUGUCACUCUGUCUUUUAUCAAAUCAGCUCAGCGUUACUAAUGAGUCUGGGACUGUAAAGGAUCUAAAACUCACUAGUGAUACUACUGAAACUGAAUCCACCGCUCCUGUUACUAAAUACAUUACCCUAGAUGUUGAUAAGAAACAGUCUACCAGUGAGUUCGAAUGUAAGGAGAAGAAUGGUGUCACUUCAUAUACUGCUAAGUCUGACAUUGUUUUCACCAAAAUCACUCAUAAAACCACUGUCGUUUGGGAGUCUGGUGGUAACGUUUGUGCUAUCUUGGUGAGUGUCAAAGCUGAGUUCUUAGCAAUACUUCUGAGUAACAAUCAGUUCAAACUGUUUCAAAAGUCCUCUGAUGGAACAUGGAAAGACAUCACCAGUCAGAGGCACAACAUUUCCAAUCUCAAAUUCCUUGGUCAGGGUGGCUCUGUUCUCAAGUCGCCUGAUUACUCAGUUUCGAUGUCUGGUCUGAUUUUGGUAUAUGAGUUCAAUACCAAGUGCACAAAAAUUAUGCUUGAAAAUGAAAAUAUAUGGAAACCUGAUGACGAUCCAAAGUUUCCUAAGAUAAAGUCACUGUCACUCGAUAUCGCCAGUAACAAGUUCUCCUUAAAGUCUGACACUGCUGUGAAGGAACUAGAACUAAGUCUUGCCACUUCUACUGAAUCCGCUACUAAGUCUGCCACUGCUACUAGUGUUACUGAUCCUACUACUCAAACUACUCCUGAAUCUGUCACUGGAUUCCCUACUAAAUCCAGCCCUGAGUCUACUACUACCACCCAGCCCAAUGUAUCAACCACUACGCAAUCUGUCACUCCAACUCCAACUGGAACCACUGUCACCUCAGUCACUCUUGAUAUCAAUACCACUAAUAGUACCCAACAGUUCGAAUGUAAGGAGAAGAAUGGCGUAAUAUCAUACGUUGCUAAGUCUGGCAAUGUGUUCACUAAGGUCACUCAUGGCCAGACUUCUGUAUGGGAAUCUAGUGGUAAUGUUUCCGGCGCCAUGGUGACUACUAAGAAAGAUGAAUUCAUAGCCAUACUCCUUGAUAACAAAAAAUUCCUAAUAUUCCAGAACUCUGAUAAUAAGUGGACCGAUGUUACCUGUGAUAGAUGUGAUUUGGAUGAACUGAGUUUCUUCAGUGACGACACUGUUCUAACUUCAUCCCAGUAUAAGAUUGUCCUAUCUGAUCUUUCAUACAAUCUCCAGUUUAACGAUGGUGUCAAGUGUAGUAAGAUUACUCACAAGGGUGUACGUGUCUGGCCCGUUCCUGACGGCUCUAAGACAACUACUGAUACUGAUGAUACAACUAAGACUAUUGAUGACACUACUUCCUCCAAGAGUGCUAGUGACGACACUGGCUUUGGGUUCAUAAAGUCACUUCAUCUAGAUCUUGUAGCAAAUAAGUUCAGUGUGAAGAAUGAGUCUGAUCAAGUGAAGGAAUUUGAAUAUAAACCUGUUAAAUCAAAGAUCAUUACCUCAUCAUCUGGCGGCACCCUCAGUGUCGAUGCUGUUCCAGGACUUUAUAAACUGAACUUGGGUCUAACACAGUCCCAGUACGAUAUUGUAAAGGUUGGUAAAUCAUUUGAAUACCAUUUCAAACCUAAUGUGAAGUGCAGUAUGAUCCUUUUCAAUGAUGAUACAACUUCUUAUUAUCAUCCAACUGUCUGGAAUUCUCCAAAUCAAGAUGAUGUUUUUGGCACUAAAGUAGUUGUUUCUGAUGAUGUGAAGUAUCUUCUCCUUCUACUUAACAAUAAUAUGUAUAAAAUGUUCACUCACUUCUAUAACAGGUGGGUUGAAAUAUCUCGUGAUAGACGUGAUGUUUCCAAACUCAAAUUCUAUGGUAUCCAAGAAGUCUCCGACUCCAGUUCUUCCCUUACUGUUCCUGAAUCUGAUCGUCAACUUACUCCAUCUGACUAUAAGUUUUCCAUCAGUGAUUUCGUAUUCAGUUUCGAGUUUAAUGAGGGUAUCCUAUGUCGUAAAAUAAAUCUUGGUGAUAUGAUUGUUUAUAACUAUGAUAUUCUCAAGACUCCUAUAAAGUCCUUCAAUAUAAAUCUUCGUACCAACCAGUUCUCGGUAAAUAAUAGGUUUGGUGAUGCUAAUGUUGAACUUGUACAGAGACCUGAUACUCUUAUCACUAUUGACCUCAAUGUUUGUGAGACUACUUUUGAGUAUCAGUACCUUAAGACUGAUGACGAUUUUCAUACAUACGUUCCUUUGUUUGGGUACGCUUUUAACAAAAUUGUCCGUGGUUCCAAUGAUAUCUGGGAGUCCACUACCGAUUGCUCUCUCAAGGUAGUAUAUAUGGACUCUGCUAAACUCCUAGCCAUACUCAUGGAUAAUAAUAAGUUUUUCCUAUUCCAAGAGUCCUCAGGUACCUUUAGGGACAUUACCUCUAUGAGACAUGACGUAAGUAACCUUAAGUUCCUUGACACUCGUGACUCUGAACUCACAUCUUCUGACUUAAAAAUCACUAUUGUUAACAACUCCUACCGAUAUGAAUUUAAGGAUGGUGUCAGGUGUCAAACAGUUAAGUAUUCUGACGAUGUUCUUUGGAGACAUUCUGAUCACACUAAAUUUGGAACAAUUGUUUCAUUUCACCUAGGUCUUGUUUCAAAUAAGUUUUUCGUAAAGAACCAGUCUGAUCAAUUGAAGAUGAUUGAAUAUAGGCCUGGUACUCUUCCCAUUGUAACCGAUGUUAACAGGAACACUUCCUCAGAACUUGACAUUGAUAAGAAAGGGUCAACCGAUCGAUAUGACUAUGAGAAUAAUGGUGAUGAUCACAUAUUCACCCCUAAAUCUGGUUGUGAAUUCUCCAAAGUUGUCCGUGGUGAAAAGGUUAUCUGGGAGGCUUCUGAAAAUUUAUUUGCAAAGGAUGUAAUAUUUGAUGAAGCUAAUAAUUAUGUGACUAUUGAACUUACCAAUGGUUCCUUCCGAACAAUUACACUUUCUGAUACUACUACCUAA